AUGCUCGCAAAGAAUAUCCUCCUCUCUCUUGGUGUCCUCGCCACCCUCGGCCUCGCCAGCCCAACCCCCGAAGUUCCCGCCGCCGAAGCCGCAGUCGAAGCCUCCUCGCUCAACGUCAACGCCACCGACGCCGACGCCUCGAUUCUCGAGAAACGCUCAACCGGCGUCUGGCUCGACCUCUACGGCUCCGGCUCCUGCAGCGACAGCUGGCGCCCCGAGGGCCAAUCUGGCUGGGUCUGGAGCGGCCAAUGCAAGAACUUUGACGCGUUCACCUACGGUGCCCGCGCCGGUGCCGUAGACCAAUCGCCCGAUGCAUGGUGGAACGAAAAAUGCACGUUCAAGUUCUGGGAGAAUGCUGAUUGCCAUGGCCAUGCUACCGUGCAUCAUCUGUCAGACUCCAUCAAGUGGAAGGCCGGCACUUGGGGUUCUCCAUACCCGACGUACACUUGCAUUGCGACUGCGAACAAGGCGGAUGGGACGUUUUACCUGGGGAAUGGAGCGGCCAGUGUCCUUAUGACUUGCUAG